AUGCUAGGCCUUAGAGGUCGCAUGGAGGCGGGAUGGUCUCGCAUGAACGACCUGAUUAUUAUUCAGGCUUCACAAGGCCUGUGCGCGUACGUAUUACAGGCCGUCCCGAAUGCCGCCGAACGUGGGGUUGUAGUGGGGCAUGAUCAUCGACACAACUCUGAGAGAUGGGCUGGAUUGACUGCCGCUGCUUUUAUAGCCCACGAUGUCAAGGUUUAUCUUCAUCGUGGUCUAGUGCACACACCUCUCGUACCCUUCAGCGUGAAAAAGCUGAAUGCAGCUUGUGGGAUAAUGAUCACCGGCAAGUUCCACGGUCUUAAUGGCUCCUUGAAUUUAUCUUAUUCGAAUAUCCAGCAAGCCACAAUCCUAAGUAUGAUAAUGGCUACAAACCCCCCAUUACAGGUCUACUGGGAAAAUGCCGUUCAGAUCAUUGAGCCGCACGAUAAAGGUAUCUCGAAUUCGAUCAAGGCUAACUUAGAGCCGAAGGUCUGGGAUCACAGUGGCGUACAGUCCUCUGCCUUGUGCAUUGAUGUUACGAACGAAAUGGUGGAGGCAUACUUCGAGAGCGUUUCAGCUCUGACUUCACACAGGACUGUGAACCCACAGACGCCAUUGAAAUUCGUGAACACUUCCAUGCAUGGCGUGAGUCACCCCUUCAUGGUCAGGGCGUUCGAUGCCUUCGGGUUUCCUGCAUUUAUUCCUGUGCUCGAGCAACAAGAACCCGAUCCAGAAUUCACAACGGUGAAAUUUCCAAAUCCUGAGGAGAAAGGGGCACUGGACCUUGCUAUCAAUACGGCCAAUCAACACCAAGCAAACUAUGUUCUCGCCCAAGAUCCUGAUUCCGAUCGGUUUUCAGCCGCCGAACGGAGUCCGGACGGCAUGUGGACUAUGUUCACUGGUGAUCAGCUAGGAAUAUUGUUUGGAAGUUUGAUGCUUGACCGGUACAAACUCUCCGGAAAACCAUUGAACGAGUUGGCCAUGGUGGCGUCAACCGUAAGUUCCAAGAUGAUUGAGGCUAUGGCACAUGCGGAAGGCUUCAGAUUUGCGGAAUGUCUCACAGGGUUCAAAUUUAUCGGUAAUACGGCUUUGAGACUUGAAGAGGAAGGUUUCGAAGUUCCUUUCGGAUACGAAGAGGCUCUUGGAUUCAUGUUCGGGUCGGAAAUUAGGGACAAAGAUGGUGUCGCUGCCAGUGUAAUGUUUGUAGAGAUGGUUACCUCGCUACACGCGCAGGGUAAGACUGCUAGCUCUCACCUGCAAGAAUUAUAUACACGAUAUGGUUAUUUCCAGACAAGCAAUAGCUAUUUCAUCUGUAAUGAUCCGCUUACCAUCGACAAAAUUUUUGCCAAGAUACGAAACUAUGAUGGCACAGCUACGUCGGUUCGCCCAAAUUACCCCCGAACGAUUGCCGGUCUGAAUGUCACAAGUGUGUGUGAUCUGACGGUGGGCUACGACAGUGCCAAUCCUCCCACAUACAAGCCCGCCAUGCCACUCUCCUCGGGACAUAUGAUUCAAUUCAGGGCUCAGUCACCCAAUGGUGAGAGCAAAAUAACACUCACUGUGAGGACCAGCGGAACGGAACCCAAGAUCAAGUACUAUCUGGAGGGCUCGGGGAAGAAUGCUAUUGAAGUCGGGGUACUAUUACCUCGUGUUGUGCAGGAACUGGGCGAUGAAUGGAUGGAAGCAAUUCGGAACCAGCUGGGAAGGCCAUGA